GCCGCAGGCUCAACGUUCAGUGACCACAGGCUGGUUAUUGUAGUGUCCCUGCUGAUUGUGGCUGCUUGAGUCUGAUAAGGCUCAUCCCCAGGGAUGCUGCUGCUGCUGCUGCUGCUUCUACUAGAAUCCUAGAGACCAGGCAUGCCAGGGGAUCUUCUUGGGCCAGGACACCAACCGACCGAACGAGCUUUUCUUAACCCCCCGCAUGCUGUAGUAAAUAUACCUACGGUGGUUGGUGGGGCCCUUCAGUGGCCCAUGGAUGGGAGAGUGGAGAUGGAGAUGUUGAGGACCCUGAAGGGCACUGCUGCUGGGGAGGUCAGCGUCCACCUGGUUGCCAACGACAGCACUGGCCACCUGCCUGCCACCACCUUCAUCAUCCCAGCCAACACCACCACCAUCAGCCUCCCCAGCAAUACCUUAGAGAUCCCGCGCUUCCCCAGGGAGUCUACCAGAGCAGGAGGAUCCGAGAGGGCCCCGGGGAGCGAGCCCGUCACCGCCACGGUGCUCCCACAGCUCAGCUCGGGCCCGCCUGGCAACACCGUCCGCGUGCUAGAGUGGAAGGAUGGGGCCACCUCCCUGCCUGGGAGCAACCUACGGCUGCGGAUCAGUGACUAUGGAACCCUGAAGGUGGUGGGGACAGACAAGAUAACCGCCCAGGAGCUGCUCCGAGAAGACUCGGACCCAGACAGAGCCCCUCCAGCCCCAACAGGUGGUGAAUGCCCUCCGGGGCGCCAAGAUGAGGAAACUUUGGGCCAUUGCCACAUGUGUGGGCGACAGAAUGUAUCAGGGCAAAUCAGGGGUUUCUGUAGCGAGCAGUGCCAUCGACAAUUCAAAGAACGGUCUGUGAUUGUGGAGAACUCGGGGGGCAGCACCAACACAUCCGAGCUCCUGAAGCCUGUGAAGAAGAGGAAAAGGAAGGAAUACCAGAGUCCCUCUGAGGAAGAAUCCGAGCCUGAACCUCUGGAGAAGCAAGAAGAACGGAAGAGCCUGGAAGCUGAGCCUAACGCUGACACCCCCGAGAGUGAGGAAUGGAGUAGCCAGCCUGGCCCUGGAGAGGAGAAGAAGGAUGGGUGGUCAUGGGCCACCUACCUGGAGGAGCAGAAGGCCAUUGCUGCACCACUGGAUCUCUUCCAUGAUUGCCAAGCUUUCCCUCAUAACAAGAAUGGCUUCAAACUGGGCAUGAAGCUGGAAGGGAUUGACCCUCAGCACCCAUCCAUGUAUUUCAUCCUCACUGUGGUGGAGGUUUGUGGGUACCGAAUGCGUCUGCACUUUGAUGGCUACUCUGAGUGCCAUGACUUCUGGCUCAAUGCUGAUUCCCCCAACAUCCACCCGGCUGGCUGGUUUGAGAAGACUGGACACAGGCUACAGCCCCCAAAAGGUAAGGCUUGGCUGAGGCUGGUAGAUCUGUCUGCCCUCCCCCCCCACCAGUCCUUCCUUAGACCACCACCUCCUUCCCCCCACUCCCUGCAUGGCCACCAAGUCCUGGAAGAAGCGGGAGGGCAGGAAGAAGGCCCUGAACUUCUCCUGGGGCUGGAGAGAGGUGUCCUACUUGGCAGCUGCUCUAGCACAGGGUCUGUCCCUUUCAUGCUCCCCUGCCCCCCAAGGACCAAGCCAUGCCCCAGCUUCCACACCCUGCUCUGUUUGUUCCCCCUGAGGGGACUAGGUUACAAGGAGGAGGAGUUCAGCUGGAGCAACUACCUGCGGAGCACCAAGGCCCAGGCUGCCCCCAAGCACCUGUUUGCCAGCCAUAGCAACAGCUCAGUGCCCACAGGCUUCCAGGUGGGCAUGAAGCUGGAGGCUGUGGACCGCAUGAACCCCUCCCUCAUCUGCGUGGCCAGUGUCACCGACGUGGUGAAUGGUCGUUUCUUGGUGCACUUUGACAACUGGGACGACACCUAUGAUUACUGGUGUGACCCCAGCAGUCCUUAUAUCCACCCUGUUGGCUGGUGCCAGAAGCAAGGAAAACCCCUCACACCUCCACAAGAUUAUCCAGAUCCUGAUAGUUUUUGCUGGGAAAAGUACCUAGAAGAAACUGGAACCUCUGCCGUCCCUUCCUGGGCCUUCAAAGUGCGACCACCCCAUGGCUUCCUCAUCAACAUGAAGCUUGAAGCUGUGGACCGAAGAAGCCCAGCUCUGAUUCGAGUGGCCAGUGUGGAGGAUGUAGAAGACCACAGGAUAAAGCUCCACUUUGAUGGCUGGAGUCAUGCCUAUGACUUUUGGAUUGAUUCUGACCAUCCUGACAUACACCCUGUGGGCUGGUGCUCCAAGACUGGCCAUCCCCUACAGCCCCCACUCAGACCCAGAGAACCCAACUCUUCUUCUCCUGGGGGCUGCCCCCCACUCAGCUGUAAGAGUCCACCCCAUGUUAAGACCUCCAAGUACAGUUUUCACCACAGGAAGUGCCCCACACCUGGCUGUGAUGGCUCUGGCCACGUCACCGGAAAGUUCACAGCACAUCAUUGCCUCUCUGGCUGCCCACUGGCCGAGAGGAACCAGGGCCGACUGAAAACGGAGCUGUCGGACACCGAGGCCUCUGCACGCAAGAGGAACCUCAUUGGCUUCGCCCCCAGGAAGAAAUCCCGUCACCACGGCCGGAUUGGGCGUCCUCCAAAGUACCGGAAAAUCCAGCAGGAUGACUUCCCGGCUUUGCCCCCCGACAACACGCACCAAUCCUUCUUCAUGUCGGCCUUGCCAGCUCACCCUGGUCGUUCUUUGUCCACAUGCUGGGAGCAACAUUGCAAACUGCUACCGGGGAUAGCAAGCGUCAAUGCAGCAUCGGUGACCAAAUGGACUAUCGAGGAGGUCUUCAGCUUUGUCCAGAUUCUGACAGGUUGUGAUGAACAAGCUAAACUCUUCAGAGAUGAGAAGAUUGAUGGCGAGGCCUUCCUUUUGCUGACCCAGGCGGACAUCGUGAAGAUCAUGUGUAUUAAGCUGGGCCCAGCCCUGAAGAUCUAUAAUGCCAUUCUCAUGUUCAGAAAUGCCGACGAUACCUUAAAGUGACUGUUUCCCUGGGCCAGGACUCCCAAUCAUCGGGGUCCUUCCCCUCCUGCUAACAUCUUCUGGCCCCAGCUCCCCAAACCUACAUCCCCAUCCUCUCUCUGUCUUGUUCGUUUCCAUCCCAGGUUUGGUCUCCAUGUUUCUGGGGUUGGUCCCUAGGGAGUGGGUAUGGAGGGACUUUGGAGAAAGUGCAGUCCCCAACUCCAGAAGCCAAGUUUUCUCCUGAGGUCCCAGCAAAGGCAGAGCAUGGCCUGGAGAUAGGCCUUCCUUCCAAGAUAGUAUCUUGGGUCCAGCUUUGUGCCCACACAUUCUAAAAUUGUUGUGGGUAUUAUUGGGUGCUGGGGUGGGGUGUAGGGGCAGGAUUUCAGAUCAGGGAAUACCUGGAGUGGCUGUAAUCGUAGGGUCCCUCAAAUCUCACAAUAACUCCUCCUGGGGACUUUAUUGGCAACUGGACUUUUUCAGAGCAGUCAAGAGCAACUUUUCAAAAGCUUUAAAAGCUUGGCAGAAUGAGAAGCAUCCAAGAGGAAGCAUCUUCUUCUGACACAAUUUUUCUGAAGUCUUCAACCAUUUUUGUCUCCUCUUCAGAUUUCCUAUUCUGUUCCGUUAGCUCACCCUUAGACUACAGUUUUCCUCUCCUCCCUUAUCCUUGGUGAAGGCUCAAGCUCCUUUUCUGUCAUUGGUGACCCUGCCUGACCUCAGGCCUGGCUCCCUGGGCAAGACCACCUCUGUUGGUAGAGCCCAUCCAGGCCCCACCCAACUCCUCUUUUAUUCCCUCCGAUAUUCUAAUCCACAGGGAGACUUGUUUUUAGAGGAUCUGUGGCAAAUUCCUCAUUGCCUUCCUCCCCAUUGCUGAGGAGGUCAGAAUUUGAGCCAAGAUGCCUUCUUCGAACAUGCCUUGAGCUUCAACCCUGGGCCAUAUGAUGUCCCAAAGUCCAGUGCCAAGGUCCCAGCCCCAGGGUUUGGGAGACAGUCUAAAGUCUCUUUCAAGGCAAACAAAGGUUUGGGUAAUAUUUUUAGACCACUCCUUUGCUUUUCCAACAUGCUCUCUUCUCAUUGGCUAAAGUCUCCCCCAACCCCACCCCCACCCCCAAGCAAAGGAGCUUGGGAGUGACUGCUAGUGAGAGAGAGGUUGGCCCAGCUCCUGCAGGACAAUCUCUUCUAAAUCCCUGAGCGGCUCAUGGGGCCAGGGGAAGGGUCAGGUUCCCAUUUCCGCAAUCACUGCCCCUCCCUGCCCCCCAAGGAUGGGGAUGGGCACUCUCAUCAUGGAACACCAGCAACCUGUCUUCACUGCUACAUGUCUACAAUACACUUUGGUGUGUGGGUCAAACUCAUGCUAGGCUUCCCAUGGAAAUGUUGCAUUUUUGACUCUUUACUACUGAGUAUGUGAGGUCACAUCUGACCUGUCAUUUACAUGUUUGCUGCUUGCUCUUCAUGAGAAAUUUUUAAAAAUAAGAGAUGUUGGGGUGGGGGGAAGGCUGUGAGUGUGUGUGUAUGGGGGCGCAUGUAGGUGAACUUUUCUAUCUUUUGUAAUGAGUUCUCUGGCAUCCCUCCCUUUCUCAUAACUAUCCUUCCUCUCUGCCACUGCCAAACUGUUUCCUACAAGAGUGGGGACUCCUGGGACCCUAGCCCACCUCUGCUUGGGGGUAGGGGAGUGGGGACAGGAGGAGGACCCCCAUCCUGAGUAGUCACUGCCAAAUCUGCCCUUAGACCUAAGUGGCACCCACCAUCUUCCUGAGAAGGGGACUGGGCUGAAGUGGUGGGAUUCUUUUGUCUCAAUGGGUGAGGAAUUUAGAGAAUGGGCAAGAAAGAUCUUCUUGGGUCCAAAUCCUUACCAUGAAUCCUCCUUGUGGUCCCACCCCUUCAGGGACUGGGAGCUCUUUGCCGAGGGAGACAGACCCCUGAACAGAGAAAGCCCUGUGUCUAUCUACCUUGUACUUCAUGGGAAAGGUAGAGGAGGGACACCAUUUCUUCCAUUCUGAGAACCCACAGCCUCCAAGAACAAAGGCAAACCCAAGACCAGAAGGUAUGAAUUUGUCCAUAGAGCACCAGCCUUGUCCCUUCCCGGCUUACAGGCUUUAGUCUGGAGCUAGUAGCCUAGUGGGAAGAGGUCCUAGGGCUGAGUUUCAGUUAGGUUGAUUUCCCCACCCAGUGGCAAAAGCCCCAACUUAAGCAGACCAGCUCUGCUCUGGCCCCUGGAUCUGCUCAGGCUCUGCCCUAUAAAUUUGUUCACUGUGUAAUUCUGCAGGACUAAAGCCUAGAUGAAGUAGUCCAGAGAAAGUGGAUGUGUGUGUGUGUGUGUGUGAUGAGCAUGUUGGGAGGGUAGGGAAGGGAGGAUCAUGUAUGUGUAAGAGAAGUAUAUGAGUAUGAAAUUAUGCAUGAUGUGAAUGUGGGGGAGAUGGGGAUAUGACUUGGGGGUGUGCUGUCUGUGUGUAGGUACCUAUAUAUAGUAUCUGUGAAGUUAAGUCUGUCUGCAUGGUGUGAACACAUUAGCUGAAAUGUGACUGGUAGUUGGGCAUCCUGUGUGCGUGUGAGUGCUCAUGUGUGGAUGGAGAAGUAUAUGAGUGUUGACUACCUUUGAGAGCAAUAUUUAUUAUCUCUAUACAUUACGAGUGUGAGCGUGCCUUUGGAAGGAUGUGAAAUGUGCAUGAUCAGAUGUACUUUGAAGGCCAUAUGGAAGAAUGCAUUGUGAAAAUGGAUGGCAUAUAGGGGAGGGGCAAAGAGGAUGAUGGAAGGGCAUAUGCAUCUAUGGGUAGAGGCGGAAUUUAUGAAUUGGGGAUAUGUUGUGGGGAUGAAGAAGGUGUCGAGUCUGUGUGUGGUAUAGGAAAAAAGCAAGAUAUGAUACAGCAAAGAGAGAUGUAUGUGUGAGGGGCUGCUGUGGUCAUGUGUGUGGUAUGGAGAAAAUACUAGGAGCAUGUGGAGCUGAGGAAUAUCUUGGGUGUAGGGAGCCCUGACCAUAGGUGCUGACCUGAAAGGCCAUUUGCCCAGGACAAGGUCAGGGCUUAGGGAGAAAGUUAAGGGCUAUUUACUGUUACAAUUUGCAUUUUUUUUCUUUCAAAACAAAACAAAGACAAACCCAAAGCACUGCCCACUCCCACCCCAUGAUCCACCAAGGUAGACCCUGCUACUGUUCAUUUGGAUCUGAGGAAGCUGGAAUGAGAAGCCCUGGGUCCUCAGUCUGAAAACUACUGAGCAGAACAGGGUAGGAAGACAGUCUAGUGGCUGUGUAGGGUGGAAGGUUGGGAAUAGAACCUCUGGAGUCACCGAGGACUCUUUCUUGGGGCUGGGAGGAAAGUAUCCCGGUACAAAUGGAGCAAGUCCUAGGGAACUAUGGGAAAGGGUAUCCUAGUGCCACCUAUAUCACUCCCUCAGGAGGAUGAGAACUUGCUGUUGUCUUUGACUAUGGUGCUACAGUGACUACUGCUUCUCUUGACCAGGGACUCUAAAGCCAAAGGCAUUUGGGGAUGAGGUGAAAAGGCUGGAAAACCAGCUGCAACAGCUUUCCCAGAAUGACUUGGGACUUAAAGGACCUGGCAGGAGUCCCUGUUUCUGGGGUUUCCUCUUUGGUGGUUAAGCUACUCCCCUGUUGAUGAGGCAGUUUGGUGCCUUGUUGGGGGGGGUAUCUUGUUUUUUCAUUGUCCUGCCUGCUCUACACCCCCACUUUUCUGCAUUCAGCUAUCUAGGGCUUGUGCCAGUUGAAUUAAUCAUACCCUUUGCCUCCACAUUAUCUAGUGAGGAGAUACCUCAAAACCCAAAACCGAAAGAUAGGUGACUCAUUUCAAGAGGGCAUGGCUGGCAAGUCCUUUGGUGGUUGAUAGGGUUGAGUUUGUCCAGGCCAAACUGCCACAAAGAAGGCAAGGCAUCUGACUGACCCACCUCUAAUCCUCUUUCUUGGGCCUGGCAUUUUUUUUCCUAGUCAUGCCUCUGUGUUAAAUGGAGAGAAAUGCUUUUUCACCUUUUGCUAUGAGACAAAAUGACUGGUGCUAGGUUAGCCUUUCAAGGACCCCCUAAGUGAGGUGCUAAGGCAGUAUUUUGUUUCCUGGGAGGAAUGAAUCUGCCAACAAAGACUUGUGUUGUUUGGUUGUGGAGAAAGUAAGAGGGGCCAGGAACUCUUGGAGGAAGAGGCCUCUUCAAACCUGGAAGCAUCCAUACUUUCUGCAUCAAUGUCAAACACUUUGGAAUAGAAGAAAAAUCACAGAAGGGGAGAAAAUUCUGUCAUUGCCUUAUAUCCCUCCAGAAUGAAAUCUUUGCACUUGGAUAUGGGGGACCAGAGGUGAGGAUGGAGAUAAUGGCAGGAGGGAGUUUGAAAACUGUUUCUGGCCUAGCUUCUUUUACUCCUCUCCUCAUACCACACACACACACACCACCAUCAUGCUGGUGGUUCCUGAGGGAUGGAGAGAUGCCUCCCUUUGGCCCCAGCCUAGCCCUGGCCUGGAGAGGGGAGAGGCCCUUUCUGUUUAAGUUUGGCAUUUGGGGGUGGUGGGGAUGAUUGUGGUGAUAACAACAAAGGAAACUUUUGCACUUUUGUUCUUUUGCACAUUUUUUGGGCACGUUUUUGAUAUUUGCACCAUUUUUUGUGUUUUCAUGAAGAAAAUACUCUGGUUCAAGUGGAUACAGCAAAUCUGAAGCUUUAUGUCCCAAGUAUACAGAAGUCUAAAUGGGGGUGGGGUGGGGGGGAGUUACAAGCAAAGUGUGAUGUGUUUGUCAGUGUUUUGAAAUUACCAGUAAAUAAAUGUGAAUAGCUGAAUCAAA